AUGGAGUACCAAACCCAGCAACAUCGUCUAUUUCCACAACUUGCACGGGCCUAUGCGUUUAUUUUCGUGGGACAGGCCGUGAGGGUCAUUUUUCAACGAGUACAGAAAGACGUCGCUCAAGGAAAGGUUGAUGAAAUGGCGGAGCUGCAUUACAUCAGCUCAGGUCUCAAAGCAGUCGUCACCCAUCUGACCGGCCAAGGUAUUGAGCAGGCACGUAUGAGCUGUGGUGGCCAUGGAUACUCAAAGGCAUCCAACAUGUCAGAACUUUAUGGUGUGGCCAUAGGCGGGGCUACGUAUGAAGGUGAAAACAUGGUCAUGCUUCAGCAGUUAGCUAGGUAUCUUAUGAAAUCUGCAGAAGCGGCUAAAAAUGGACGAGCUCUUGGAAAACUUGUCGAGUAUCUCGUGAAACCUAGCGAAAAGCACUCUACCAUCGAUCGCAAUCCAGAUCACGGUUAUACUGCCCAUCUGAAAGCGUUCGACAAGGCAGCCAAGCUGCAAACGAUGAAGGCCUAUGAAAGGAUGCGAUCGCUUCGAGCUCAAGGACUUUCUGAGGAAGAAGCGUGGAAUGCAAACGCCGUUGAAUUAAAUAGAGCCGCUCGAGUUCAUACUCGGCAGUACAUCGCUCGUACAUUCGAUGAAAAAGUGAAAUCAGUAGCUGAUGGACCGUGUCGUGACACGCUCCGAGAUCUCCUUCAUCUUCAUCUUAACUAUGAACUCCUUGACAUGGCGUAUUACUUGCUUGAGGAUGGCUACCUAUCGGGUCAACAAAUGGAUUUCAUGAAGGAGGAUAUGUAUAGGCUUCUGGCGAAGUUACGCCCGAACAUCGUGUCGCUGGUGGAUUCGUGGGAUUUCUCAGAUCAUGAACUGAGAUCGGUAAGAACCCAGGAAACAGCUACACUCCUCAUUGGGUCACAGUAA